GCAAUUGUUUGAAUUUGUUUUUAUUUAUCAGAAGAGGAUUUUAGACUUAAAAUAUUGGUUACAGAAUUUAGUAAAAUGAAACUUUUUUUGACUUAUUUCACCCUGGUUUUUUUUAUUUGUCUCGGCGACACCUUUCCUCUCGGACCCGAGACAAGAUCAUUACGAAUGCUAGAGGGUGAAUCUCGUCCUACACAUCAUCACCACCACAACCAUCAUCAUAGUGAUGAAGAUGUGAACAGGCUCCGGAGGUUGGACCAGAUCAUCGGAAGAAUCGAAGAUGCUGCGAUCUCUAGAGAGUCGGAUGAUGAACCGAUCCCGGAUGUUGAUGCGAGUGAUCUUUCAUCUGUUGCAGAUGUUGUAUCCCUGGUAGACAACGUAGUUGACACCCCGGAUGUUAAACUGAAUCAAUUAGCGUUUCAGAUAAUCGCAUUACCGCACAAGUUUAGCCGCUAUGAUCUUAAUCGGGAUGGCUACGUAACACAAUUGGAGUUGGCUGAAUCAACGGGAACCUUACUUGAAGACUGCGCUGAUCCGUUCGAAAGGGCCGACAAAGACGGCGACGGAUUGCUGACGAAAGAAGAACUCCAUCAAGCUCCGUGGGUUUUCAAUGAGAGAGCGCGUUGACGUCACACGAAGCAAAAAUGAAGACCUUAUCCGGACGAAGGGAACUCUAUAUACAUUACAGACUGACCAAUUUUCUUCGAGAUUUUUCGCAAAUUACUGCAAUUUUCGUCACUUUCACAUCCUGCUACCGCCGCGCUGUAUAUUUACGUCACACGCGCGCGGUCGAGAUGUUAUCUGUUAAAUUGUAGAAUCGAAUGACUCACUGCGACCUAUAACGUACGCACGCCCAGAUUCGGUGCUGCGGUAGCCACACCAGUGUUUAAGCAGCUCCUAACACGGUGCCUUGGUUUUGUGGCGGCUUGUCCCGCCCAAGGCAGCGCAACCAAGCCGUGUAAUCACAUAAACGUUGAGCGCGGUUUUCUGAGCUCAAAAAAAUAUAUUCCUUCUCUUCUUGAAGCCGAAACGUCUAACGUUUAAGAUGUACGAUUUUUGUGUUGUUUUUUUCUAUUUGUACACAUAGCGUACGCGUUGUUUGCCAGCAAUCUUACGCGAUCAUCGCCAGCCACAGUAUUACCGUUGUGCAUAAUACUGUAAAAUUUUCUUUUGUACAAAAUAAAAGCUUUCACGAAAAAAA